AUGGAAGAGGCUACCAUUGAGAAUAAAUCAAAAUUCGGUGAACAGACUGCAGAUCAUACUAUUUCAGACUCAAAAAGUGAUAAAGCACCAAAAAACUGAGAGUAUAAUACUUUUAAAUACGAAAACAAAGAGUAUGAAAUAGAUAGACUUUCUGUGGGAAGCAAGGCUUGAUCUAUCAAGAGUAACUAUAGUGUUACUAAGCCUGACUCAAAAUUCGCCCAUGCUUACUUAAACCUUACGAAGUCAUACCUUGGUAUGGGUCCAUUGACAAUUACCUCAGCGAUGAAAAACGCUGGGCUUGGAUUUGGUCUUGUAGGGAUCUUCUCUUGCGGACUUCUUGCUCUUUAUGGGAUCAAUAUUAUGGUGCUGGCUAGAAGAAAAAUCCUAAAAGAUCAAUUUAAUGAGGAAGAUAAUUACUUCCCAGAUGAUCCAAACCAACCCCAUAGAGAGAUCAGAGAAGAGGACCUUCAACAGGAUGAAGAUGAAGACAUGGGAGAGAUGAAUCCUCUUAGACUAAGUGAGAGUAGCGGCGCCUAUACAGAUAUGGUUGUCCAAAGUAGACAUGCUAUUAAAACUUACUCUGAUCUAGGUAGGACUCUUUUUGGUGACAUUGGAUAUUAUCUCAUCACAUGUGUGAUAUUUAUCCAACAACUCAUAGUUGUCAUAAGUUACUUUUAUUUCCUGAACAAGUACUUCCCUUCCUAUCUAGUAUUGAUCGGUAUUACUCCUAUCUGUAUGUUUUGAGAUUUGAAAAAGAUAUCGUACGUAUCCUUCUUCUCUCUGACUUGAGUCUUAUCAGCAAUGCUCGUUGUAAUAGUCAACUCAUUUAUCAACAUUUCUACUGAGCCCAAGACUGAAAUGGAGUAUUUCAACUUUCCCCAUUUCCCUCUCUUCUUUGGUAUUUGAGUUUAUCAGUAUGAGGGAAACGUCGGAUGCCUCCAGAUUGAGAACUCGAUGAAGAAACCAAAAGAUUUCAAGAAGGUGUCCUCCUUCGGAAUGUCAACUAUAAUCGCCUUCAAAUGUGUCUUAUCUUGAGUCACUUAUAUCGCAUUUGUCAACACUGUUGAUGAUAUUAUCAUUGAUAGACUUACAAACAGUACUCUGAGAAGUAUUCUCGGAAUUAUGUACUGCUUUGUAGUUAUCGGGUCUAUGCCAAUUCAGCUAAACCCUAUCUCUGAUACUUUGUACAGAACAACUGCUCUUGAUGGUCAUAUCUCCAUGUUUAGAAAUAACCCAACAACAAAAUACUACAUUGGAGCCCUUGUCAGCCUUGUUUUCUGUGCUGCAAUUGCUAUGAUCAUCCCAAACCUCCAUACUCUAUUCAACAUUGCUGGAGGAGUGGUUGGAGUUCUCACAAUUAUUGUAUUCCCAGUCAUGUUCUACAACAAAGCUUUCAAAGAUGAGAUAAGCUGGAAGAGAUGGCUAUUCCACUUCUUGAUUGCAGGAUUAGUCACCGUGUCGGGGCUGGCUUCAACUGUCUAUACACUUUUAGAUUAAUAUUCAAUAUCUA